GUAAAGAAGCCAUGAGUAGAAACCCUAAAGUAAACAAUACUACAUCGUACGCCAAUUUCAUCAGGAUCAAGGAUGUUUAAUCGCUCUUUGAUAUAAAUGAACAAUUACGAUUGCUACAUAUUGUAGGACGCUUAAAAGAUAUGAUGGUAGUUAUUGUAUAUAGCCUUAAUAGUACUUCUUGCUACUCUCUCGUGACCUAAAAGACAAGAAGUGAGAUACAUACCACAUUGCUUUUUUCAACUCGGUAAAGAUUGUUCUCCCUUCUUCCUAGACGACGCUAGGAACAGCAAGGAGAAGACCACUCCCUUAGAAAAUGGACAUUAUAUCGGAUGACGCUUUGACUAGCCUACACAAGGACCGCGUGCUUCCAUUUGCUAGUGCAGUCACGGCUGCCGCUUUGACUGCCUAUGCCUUUUAUCGUCGGUACUAUCAGGAUUCAAUAAACAAUGUUCCGCCUGGAUUACGAGGAAUUCCAUCACCAAGUGCACCGCUUCCUUAUGCGGGACAUUUAUUUUUUUUGGGUAGCCAGCCUGUUAUCCAGCUCAUGCAGUGGCAUCAAGAAUUAGGACCCGUUAUUCGGAUUCAAAUGGGUGUGAAAACAUGGCUGAUGAUAAGCGACCCUCAUAUUGCUCAAGAGCUUCUUGUUGCCAGCCAAAACUCGACAUCAGGCAGACCGUUUACUCUACUGACGACGAAAUACCGUAGCAUGAAUGGAAGGGGCUUGGUUUCCUCGGGUCCUACCAAGUCGUGGCGCCAGGUGCGCACUGUGGCAAAUGCCAUUCUUGGACCUAAAAAGCUGAACGAUGAACGAUUUGCGGUGCUGCUGGACGAUCAAGUCGACCGUUUAGUCGAUGCACUGGCCACUGGAGAGAACAUCGAUCCAGCUGACGUGCUUUUCCGCACAGCACUCAACUUUGUCUUGAUUACAUGCUUUGGCCGCAGCACCAGUAGCACUCCUACUGAUAACGAUGAUGAUCAAGUAGAGGAGAAUCAAGAAAAUAAUACAAAGGAGCAAGAAGAACAAAAGAAAAAAGACGACGCUUUAUACGAGGAGCUUUCAGCUGUGCUGAAACGUGGCAAUUCGUUCACAGGUAUCCGCAACAACUUCACAACCUAUCUCCCAGCUCUUUCGUUUUUGGACGCAGCCUUCUUUAAAACUGAAGACGCAUACAAGGAGUAUAUUGAGAAAGAGAGAGAUCCCCUUUAUCGCAGACUGAUUAAGGAGACGUUGCAGAGCGGCGAAGAAUGUGUCGUCAAGUCUUUGGCUGAUAUGAAAGAGAUGGGGCAAUUGGAUGACGAUGAUAUUUUGGUCACUGCAGCCGACCUUGUAACGGCUGGAACAGAAACCAUGGCAGCCACAUUGCAAUGGGCAUUUGCUGUGCUGUCCACACAAUGUGAAGCUCAAGAAAAAAUUCAAGAAGAGUUGGCUGAUUUUAUCUCAGAGUACCAACGUCUGCCUGACUUCUCAGAGAGAAACGCGUUCCCUUACUUGGUUGCUGUACAAAAGGAAUGCAUGCGGUUUAGACCCACAACGCCUUUUGGGGAGUCUCAUGAAGUUGAACAGGAUGUUACUUGGCGAGAUCACGUCAUCCCUGCUGGCACAACUAUUGUCACCAACAUGUACUCAAUGCAUACGAAUCUGUCUAGUUACAAGAACCCCGAAGAAUUCAUGCCUGAAAGAUUUUUGGAUCACACAGCUCCUAUGGCAUCAUCCGCAAAUGCGAAAGUGGAGCAACGUGAUCACUUCAAUUUUGGAUGGGGAAGACGGGUAUGCCCUGGAGCCCAUUUGGCUGAAGCUCAAAUGUUUAAUGUUUUGGUUCGAGUGUUGGCCAACUGCUCUAUCGAACCAGCACGCGACGAGAAGGGAGACCCUGUAAUAGUCGAUAUUGACAACGUUCUCUCUAAUGGAAACGUCGUAACACCCGGUGAAUACCAACUGCGAUUUGUACGUCACGAUCACGACGAAGAUCUGGAUGAUGACGAUGAAGAUGCCGAGCAGGAAGAGGCAGGUGAUUCUGAUGAGAAUACGGAUCUGGAAGAAGAAGAGGACGAUGAUGAUAGUGAUUCCGACGAGUCGGCUUCAGCGUCUGCUUUAGAAGAGCAAGAUUCCGAUGAGGAUUUAUAAAGGAAGAGCAUGGCCUUUCUCUUCACUAUUGCUGUUACCACGUCAACAAAUUUAAAACGAAACAAAAGAUUACAUAAUAUAUAUAGUACUCUAUAAUAAGAAUAAAAGCACCUGUUCAC